AUGGUGAGACUCUUGGGAUUCUUGCCAUUUGCGAUGUUGGAUGCAGAUACCCCGGACCCCAUUAGAGUGGAAAAUACCCCAACCUCGGUGGCAUCAGCAGGCCAGGAUGUGGCGAUCACGACGACGCCCGGCGGAAACAACAAGAAUCUUGCACUAGAAGCGUCAAGUUGGGUAGAUCCAGCAGCGACAGUGACAGGUAUCUAUCCUGGAACGGUUUCAUGGCCCUCAGCCAGCGACUUGACCACACCUCCAGCACCAAGUGGGACAUCUACUGUCGAUGGUAUCAGUUCAGAAGCCAUUCCAACCAGUACACUGGAUGCAAGCUCACAUAAUCCACCAUUAUCAUCAACACAAACAGCCUGGACCGCACUGUCAAGUUUAAACUCAUCCUCUGUCACAUCCACCCCAACAACAACUACAAUCUCGGCCUCAUCCUCAUCUUCAGAAACAACAUUAGCAGCUAGCGACUCAACCGCUUUCUCCGGCGGUCCAUCAAAAACAACAAAAAUCGCCAUAGCAGUCCCAGUCUCAGUAAUCGGUUUAGCUCUUAUCCUAGCACUCCUGUUCUUCCUCUCCCGCCGACGACGCCGCGAAAAGGAACGCAAUUCACUGCCACCACCUUACGAUAUAGCAACAGGCCAUCGAAGCGCGGUAUCAACACAAGAGCUAAUGAUAUCUCCUAAAUCCUCGACACCGGAACCAAGACGUUCAGUGCCGACCCCGGCAAUGUCUUCAACGGCAACAUCCAUGCCCUUGCCCAUGCCGCGGAUCCCGAUUAUCAGUAUCUCGCCGUCGACGGAAAGUCGGGGCCGAACGCCUACUCCUGAUCCCAGUCCUGGCUCGGGCUCUGUGCACCGCAUGCCUAUGACCCAUGGACCUGGUGACUCUGAGACGGAGCUUGGUGUUGCAGUUGCUGUUCCGAUGGAUCAGAGGCGGAGUGCUACAGAACAGGAUUUGAGAGGUCGGGUUGCGUCUGUUACCUCAUCGAGGGGUCCGUCGCAGUUGGCUAGGAUGCCGUUUGAGGAUUUUUCGGAUGAUGAGGUUGGUAUUGGUGUUGCUGUCAGUGGUUCGGAUGAUGAUGAUGCUGUUUCUGAUGUGUCGGAUUUGGAUGGACGCAGGAGGGAGAGGGAGUUUGAUGAGGUUUCUGUAGUUUCGUCGUUCGAUGAGGUGUCGCCGAUAGGUGAGCAGGAGAGGAGGCGGUUUCGGGGAGUUUGA